AUGGCCCAAAACCCUUACCUAUUGGCCUGCGAUAAUCCCUCGGCCCUUCUGGACCUGUUGCGCGCCAAUCCUUCGAUCGCAUCCAGCCAAGAUGAGUCCGGCUACUCAUUGCUACACGCCGCAUCCUCCUACGGUCACGUCGAUCUCCUACGCGCUUUAGUAAAAGAAUUCAAUGUCGAUGUCAAUCUUCUCGAUGAAGACGGCGAAACAUGUCUCUUUGUCGCCGAGCACACCAAGAUCGCACGCUGUUUAGUUGAGGAGCUGGGCGUGGACGUCAAUAAGAAGAAUGCCGAAGAACUUACCGCCGUGGAAAAGAUGGAGGCCGAGGAUGAGUUCCCGCAGGUUGCUGCCUACCUCCGCGAAGUCGUCGGGGGUGCUCCUGCCUCGGCAGCGCAGGCUGUCAGCCCGGCCGACGUUCUGAACUCCCCCGGACCCAUCCCCGGCAGCGAUAUGAGGGUUAACAUUGGCACAAUGACGGAGGAAGAGGCCACUGGGGGUAUGAGUGAACCUGAUCCAGAGUUCAAGAGGCGCAUUGAGGAGCUUGCUACUCGCGAGGAUUACUACAGUGAGGAGGUACAGAAUGAAGUGCGAGAAUUGGUCAAGGAUGCCAUGGCUGGCUCAAAUAUCGAAGCCAUGGAGCGAGACAUUCGGAGACGAACUGAAUAA